GAAGCCUGUUUAAAAUGCCCUGAGAGACAGCCGGGCCUUCAGCAGCGCCUCACUCCCGCACACCGGGCUCACCGCUCAGCACGCACCCAGCCUGGGACUGCCCUCAGCCUUCUCACCGCCGCACUGCUUAGCUCCAGACCAGUAAGUCAACAUGAGUGACGCCAAGGACGCCAUGUCUCCUAAAGAUAAGGAUGGAGCAGAGAAGAGAGGCCGUGGAAGACCAAGGAAGCACCCACAGGUAAAAUCUUCCCUUAAAUAUCAGGAGGAUAGUGGAUCUCCCACAGCAAAGAGGCCGAGAGGAAGACCUAAGGGCAGCAAAAACAAGGCUGCAGCUACUAAGGCCAAAAGAGCAGCCGCAGCUGCUGCCUCGGAGUCCUCUGGGGGGAAACGCAGAGGAAGACCCAAGAAGGCGGAGAAAGAAGAGCAGCCAUCCAAGUCCUCUGAGGAAGAGGAGGAGGAGGAGGAAGAGGAGGAACAGUAAUUAGUUUUUCAGCAGCGCUACCUCAUUCAAUAUCGUAACUUCCCGAUGAUCAGAGCUGGACUGAAACACCCCACCCGACCCAACUCAACCUUGCUCAACUCAACCCAACCCUACUCUACUCUACUCAACUCUAUACUCGACUCAACCCUUCCUUACAACAGCCAGUGCCACUCUGCCCUUUCCGCCAGCACCAUCCAUUCAUCCAACCAACCAACCGCCGCCUCCACCUCUCUGCUCUGGCGCCCCCUAGCGCCGGGGAGGCCUGCACACUACAUCACGUCUUUCUCUAUCUCUCUCUCUUUCUGUAACGCCACUGGAAAAAUAAUGACAAAUAAGACAAAACAGGACUUUCAAAAAUACUGUAUGUAUGUUCUGUUCAUACAUGCAUGCAUGCUCGCGUGCUUGUAUGCGUAUGUUCAUAUGCUUCAUGUUUGUUUUCUUUGGAUAUUUGGUUGCAAAUGUCUGUCGUUAUACUGGACAAAAGUGCUCUGAUAGUCGUCUUAAACUUUAGGUCGUUUUCGUUCGUCGGUUUCUGUUUUUUGGUUUUGCUUUUCUGGACAGAAGCGAGUGCAGGGCUCUUUUGAUUUGUUUGCUUUUAACGGAAGCAAAUUUCGCUUCAUUCUUUUGAGGGUUUUUUUUUUUUUGAGUUUUUCUGGGGUUCACAUUGUGUAAAGGACAAAGGUGAAUCAACCUACUUUUUUAUAUUUUCUGGUUUCUUUUUUUGUGUGUGGAAGUGUUAGUAGUGGGAGGGGAGGGUGGGUUGUAAACAGGCCUCAGUUUGUCUUCUUUCCCUUUUUUUUAUUUUUAAGAGCUAAAUAGUGGCAGGACUUAACUAGAUAUACUUCUACUACUUCUUCUGUUUGUGUGCGUGUGUAUGUGUGAGCAUUUGAUCUGUAAGUAUCCAAAUUUUACCUUCAUGUAAUUUAGUCAUAUCGUUAUGUACCACUGCAGUCGUUCGUGUUCGACCCCUCCCCUUUAACUGUCAGUUUAACACCUUUAACCUCCAUGUUUAAAUUUUUUGUUUGUUUUGGCUUUGGAUCAAAAAUGACCAUGUUUUACAGGCGAGUUCUCGUCUGAAAUGAUGCGUGUGUUUGUGUACUGAUAUUCCAAUGUGGUUAAAUGGGAGUCUCUACAGUAAUUUUACAGUAAAUUCUUUACAUUAAACUUUGGAUGGAUUUGGCUCGUCUUUUUAAAAACUUAAAUUAAACGAAUGAUUUCAAGCUUGUGCUUGAACUUGUGCUGCGUUUCACUCUGAAUUAAUGAUCGGUCAUCCUAAAAUGUUGUCUACAAACGUUAAAACAUUGAAACAUGGAGCUAAAUAAAUUGGUAUUAGUCCACUUGUAGCAUCUGAUUGUAGAAACAGGCAUACACUUAUAGGUAAAGCAGCAUUUUAUACUCACGUUUGGGCUAAAAGAUCUCUGAAAAAAUACUCUACAUCAGCAGCCGGAGUCCGAGAGAGAGAGAGCGCAUUUUAAACUCUCAACUCCUGUUGAGAUGCUGGUUGUCUGCACAGGCAUCUGUUGAUGUUCAGCUGAUGUAUCAGAGCUGUGGAUCCAGUACUUUCCUCCAAUUGUGAUUGCGAUUCUGCAUAGUGGUGAUUCAUUGGCUGCUGUUCAAAAAAACAAAACAAAAAGAAUAAAUACAAUAUUAGCGGUUCAGUCAAAUUUCAGACUUCUUCAGAUGCAUCACAGGAGCAAUGCACUUCUGCUUAUUCCUAUAAAUGUUCCAGCUUAAGAUUUGUGAUCAGUAUGUCUGCGGCGAGUUGCCCAUGGCCUAGCCUGUGCGAGCGCCCUAUGCAGCUGCCUGCGUUUAUGCUUCUGCAUUUAAGCAUCUUUGACUUAAGCAUUGCUCUGCUGUUUAAACCGUAAAUGCUAAUUGAAUUAAAGAAUAAAAAUGGAAUUUAACUUGAUCUUAUUCAUCUGUUGAUCCAUUGAUAUGUUAAAACUGAAAGCAUUAACCUACACUGAGCUAUAAUAGAAUAAUGUACCGUUAAUCCUGCUGUUUGUUGUACACAAGCCGUUACAGAAAUAGGUUUAAUCGUGGUUAAAACUUUUUUUUUUCUAAAUUAAGAAGCUACAUAAUCAUUCCAUUAAUUUCCUCCCCAACUUUCUGCAUCAGUACCAUCAAUAAUUCUCUGCUUGUCCAAAGGGUGGAGCCACCAUUCAGACCAUUUCCUAGUACUGCUUAUACUAUUACUACUACUACUUUAUUAUUGCUACGGGCCUGGUUUCGUUAUGAAUCGUUAUUAUGAGGAGUGUGUGUGUUUGUGUGUGUUUUUUGUUAUAUUUGAUUAAUUGUUUCUUUGCGAGUAGCGCUUUUUGUUUUAAACGAUUUUUUGGGGUUUUUUAAGGUUUUUAUUUUUCGUUUUUUGAACUCCGAGUCAGGGAACGCAGAUCGGUCCGGUGACUGACUUUUUCUCAGAACUAUAAAUGCUGCUACAAACACGGUUAAUUAAACCCGGAAUACUGCAACCUUGGCCCCGCCCACUUCUCCUGGGCGGGGCCUUCACACCUCAUAAUACCUCACUUACUUUAUGGCAGAUGAACGAACGAUGACUUACUUUUGAUUAAAAGAAAAGAAGUGAUAUUCAGACCGGUCUCAGUGCUGCAGCCUUUGGCGAGAGUGUGUGAGAAUACGAAUUUUAGUUUUUUCUUUCUUUCCUAUUUUACCGAAUAUCUUUCCGUUCUUUUCUCUUUUUUUACAUUUAUUUUGAGUGUGGUGUCCAGUUCGGUUUUCUUUCAUUUUUUUUUUAGUCUUAGUUUGGUUCUCAGUUUGUGUGACUUUUACUAACUAUACAGUAGGAUGUGUGUGUGCGUGUGGUAUGUUUUAUCGUUUUGAUUGAUUUUUCUUUCUGCAUAUAAAUGAAAUAACAGUGUGUACGCUCCGGUGCACAGCAAUCGAUCUUUUUUUUUUUUUUCUUUUAAAAUAAAAUCGUAAUUGUGGGAAUUUAGACGCGCCACAGGAACGACUGCAUUGGGAUGGAGAGAGAAAAUAAUGUCAGCUCCUCUUGCAAAACUGUUCACCCACUGUGGUAUAUAUGUGUGUGUGUGUGUAUACAGUAUAUAAAUCUAGUAGUAGAGUUGCACCGAUACUGUAGUGAAAUUUUUAUUUUUAAAUAUUUUUCCUUGUAAAAAUUUCAGAAAUGUCCGCUACGAGUGGCAAAGUGGCAAAAGCGACCAAAUUAACCCAAAGCAUAAAAACUCCAUAUUUGGAAAAUGACCUAAAACUGGUCUGAACUGACAAAUUAAUUGGCUUUAAAUCAGAAUUCUGAAUAAUUUUUCACUCUAAACUGAACAGUGCAGUAUUGGUGCAUCCCUAGUCUAGCUUGGUUUUAGUUUGUUUUGUAUACAUUCUUGUCUGGUGCACUCAACUGUGUUCUCAUUUCAUCCCGAACAGCAUUAAUUCUUUUGCGAUUACCUCUUUUAUUUUUAUUUUUUCUUCCCCUCCCCCUCUUCAGACUGCAGGCUCAUUUAUUUUAGGAAGUGUCUCGCUCUUCUCCCUCAGCUCUGGACCCUCAUUUACAGUUUGUGGUACUAAAAUAAACAAAUAAAACAGCUGUUCCAGGCUUUAGUUAUUAAUAUCUUCAGCCUUCCCUCCCACCUGAAUAUGAAAUCUUCUGCUUUUGGUUUUAUUUUUGCGCACAUGGCAACGGGAUCAGUCUUUUCAAUGUACAAACUCUGUAUUUUUUAUUGUCUCCUGCAAGAUUUGUAUUCAAACUGGUAAUAAAGUAAAAUAUUCAUAUA